AUGGUAACAACAAGCAGUUUCAUCAAGCUGCUAAGGUUAGAGAAGUUUGAAAUGCUAUCAGAGAGAUCCACCGAGAAGAUGCCGGAGGAUUUUGUGGGAAUAUCUGAAACUGAGCUUAAGCAACUUUUGGAGUUUGAAUGUGAUGAGAUAGACAUGCGGAUGUUGGAUAAAGAGGUUCUAUCUAAGUUACUAAAUAAAGCAGCAGUGGAGAGGAAGAUGGGAUAUCAUCCUUACUGUCAAAAUGGGAAAAAGAGCUCGGUGGAAGGGAUUUUACAAGUCUUCAAAGACUUUGCAGGCAUGUCAGGUUUACAGAUAAGCUUUGAGAAGUCCACUCUGGUCCCGCUGUUAACAAAGCGAAUGACGUCAAGUGACUAUUCUCCUUUGGUUAACAAAGUCAGGAAGCGUAUUACAUCUUGGACGGCACGACAGCUCUCGUUUGCAGGUCACCUGCAACUCAUAGGCUCUGUCAUUCACAGCAUAACCAACUUCUCGAUGGCCAACAAUGAGUAUAACAAAAGCAAAGCCUCUUGGGAUAAUUCUACUCUAUGGGUCCAAUGGGUUAAAAGAUAUCUGAUAAGGAAAGGCUCCUUCUGGAGCAUCAGUGACACAAGUUCUCUUGGCUCUUGGAUCUGGAAGAAGCUGCUGAAGUUUAGAGCUCUUGCUAGAUCUUUUGUUAAAGUUGAAUUGAGGAGUGGUGCUUCUACUUCUUUUUGGUUUGAUGAGUGGUCCUCUUUGGGGAGGAAAAUAGACCUCACACAAAUGCAAGGAUGCAUUGCGCUUGAGAUUAGUCUUAAUGCCACAGUAGAAUUUGUUAUUCACAACUACCGGAGUCGCCGCUAUAUAGCAGAACACUUGAUCACCAUUGAUAAGGAGAUCCUCAAGCUGAGAACGCAAGGGCGUACUGAAGAGGAUGAUGUGGUUUUGUGGAAAGGAAAAGAAAAUGUGUUUCGACCCGGUUUCGGCACUAACCAAACUUGGAAGUUAACACGUGUGCAGCAGCCAAAUGUUCAGUGGUAUAAGGGUCUCUGA